CGGUCCACGUUUAUUGGCCCCAUCAUGUGAUUAUUUGGCAUGUGCACUACGUGUUGUUUAAAUAUAACAAAACGGCAUUCCAUAAUAGAGACGGCAUGAGAAAAAAUUCAAUACAGAAACCAACUGCGUGCUGUUUUGAAAAUUAAAAACGGCAGAUCGUUCUCAUUUGUAAUUGAAAGACGACAAGCGCGAGCGUUGCUUCAGUCUCUCUCUCUCUCUCUCUCUCUCUCUCCCUCUCUCUCUUGAAAUCGACGGAAGAUAUUUUUUAAUUUCUUAAAAAAUCAAAACCGCCAAUUUCAAAUUCGUUCUCUUCUUCUUCGUCACUGUUACAGUAUCACAUCCCAAGACGGAUCUGGAGAAUUACGAUGCGAACUCGAUUUCUCAACAUCGAUUACUUCUCUACUCCAUCUUCUCAGGUAUUUGAAACCCUAGGCUUCCUUAAUCUUCCGGCUCCUGAUAAUUUUCCGGGACCUAUAGUCUACGACGGAGAAGAAGACCGUCUCCGAUUUGGCUCUGUCGAAAAUGUCUGUCUCCCAAUCGGGAAUUUUACUAUUGAAGCUGCUUUGUCGAAGUUCCUUUCCGACGUGGUUCCCGAUUGCGUUAGUGUGGACUAUGGAGUUUUUGAAAUUGAUGAUUCUUCCCUCGGAGAUUAUUUCUCAGACGAGAAGAAUGACGGAGAUGCCAUUGAGGACAAAGCUGUAUUUAACAUUAUGGAGUUGGAGACUCCGGAGUUGGAUUUUGAAAUGGAGGAAAUGAUCUCAUCUAAGAGGGAAGAUCUCCAAUGUUUCUCUGAAGUUCUAGAGAUCGAAAAUGAGCCGGUUAAAUAUGUUGAAUUAGAUACUAUCUUACAGAACUCAAAUGACAUCCACCAAAGGAUUUAUUCUGUUGAUUACAUUUCUUCUGAUUACUUCACAGAGAACAAUACUUCGGUAGCAGAAAAUGAAUGCUCUAGCAAGAAUCAACCAUGGUUCAAAGAUGCCAGAUUUCCCCUUCUAGAAGUGGAUGAAGUAAACUUGAGAGAACUAUCGAGCUUAUCUACGCUUGAUAAAGUAUUUACUGUUCUUGAAACAAUUGAACCCCAAGAUAAGAACGCAGCGAGUUCUCUCAUUAUCAAUUCUAAGGAGCUUAUAGGCUCUAAGGGUUAUGAUCUAUUGGAUAUCCUCUCUACGGAUUGCUAUUUGAACAAAAGUGGUCAAUCUGAUGUGGUGCCAGAGGAUGAAUUUUCUGAAGUGGAUUUAGUGAAUAUCCUGGAAAUAUCAAAUGCUGAGGAAAACUUUCUGUUUGAACAACAAGGAAAGCUGGCUCUCCCAGUAACUUUUGAGGAAUUUCAGAUCCUGGAUGUGGAAAUAUCUGAUGUUUUUGAUAUCUUCCUUUGUCUUCUAAAAGCCAUUGAACCAGAAAUAUGUUAUGGGAUGUUCAGUAAAGAGAUGAACUUCAAGAAUUUCGAUGAAUUAGUAGUCAGUUCCGAACUUGCCUUCACAGAUGAUGCCUUCAAGUCUCUGCCUACUCCUAUUUUACAUGAUUAUGAGAUGACAAGAUCUCUGGAUCUCAUUUAUGAGGAUGUUUUGUCAAAGAUCAAGCCUCAAUCCUUGUCUGCUUCAAAUGACAUAUACUUGCCCUGGAACCUUCUUGAGGAAAGAAACCACAACCAUUGUGAUUAUCCGUUUGAAGAAAUAGUUACACUCAACAUUGAUUUUAAGUGGGAAUCUUCAGAAGGAGACAAAUGGGUUUAUGAUUUUAUAUUCUCUGAAGAUGCUUUCAGCGAGCCACUUGUAGAGAAAUGCACUGAACCUUUCUAUGGUAUAUCUACCCUUGAUGAGCAUGCUCCUGUUAAUACUUCUCAUGGGUUAUUGGAAAACCUUUUCCAAAAAACAGGAGCCAGGGAUUGUGGAGUGGAUGAUAAUGCUAAGAAGGCUACGCUGUUGUUCAAAUCAAUGUCUGCGUUUGAUGACUUAACCUUUUUCAUGGAUCCUCAGAAGGCUGUGACUGAAGAUAAUCUCGGGUCUAGAGUCGAAGCUGCUAAGACGGCCAACCAUAAAUUUAUGUCUAUUGACUCGAAGGCUUCAUGUAUAUCUGGUGGCAUGCACCCAAACCUGAAGACGGAGGAAAUGAUACUUCACAGUGUGCGCCCUUCAGAAAAUAUUCUGGUUCUUGUUGGGGACUUUGUGAAGAGCUAUUUAACUCUUGUGAAGGAUGAAUCAGAGAAUUUAUCAGAAGAUAGACUUAAGUUACUCAGCAUAUCUAAAGGAAAGCUUAUUGACUGCAUAAGAAAGGCAAAUGUCCGCAACACGCAGUUGGCGGAUGAUAAGACUUUCACGUUUGCAUUACUACUAGCAAUUAAACAGAUGACAUGGUAUAUGUGUUUCUUCGGUAUCCAUGUGGCAUAUCUCUAUCUUAACAAGUUAUGUCGAAGCUCAAAUCCCAUGAAGCUAGGAUUGCACACCCUCUACUCAGCAGUUGAAACAGAACACAAAUCAGAUGAGACAGACGUCACAAGAUCACAUCCAUCACUAGCUGUUAUCCAGGGGAUUUUACAUUCAGAAUUUGCCCGGGGGAACUCCAAAGCAUUACUUUUGGCUGAGAAAGUUUUUUGGUCCUCGCUGAAGAGGCUACUGAUGUCCAUGGGUUUAUCUUACAAUGAGCUCAACAGUCCCUCCCCAAGUGAAAAUCGACCAAAUGUUCAUGAAGCCACGGGGUUUAAAACCGUAGAACGUGGUUUCCUGCCGAUUUCAGACUGUCUAAUUAUCUCUUACGAGCAAAUUUCUCCAUCUUUUCCUGUGGAGAAUUUCAGCGUCAUUGUAGAAUAUGGCGGUCCAAAUGCCUCGCCCAAAUUUUCUUUUCCUUCUAAGUUGGAUUCCUUUCCUGACUUCCAUUUCAUAAAAGUUGAGAUGGAUAUGUCCAGUGCAUGCGGCCAACUGUGUGCAGGUGUCAAAGUACCUUAUAGUCUCAAAAUGAUAAAGGAAGAUGAAGUUGAGACGAAAACUGGCUGGUUGGAAGAAGUGUUGAACUUUGUUCCACUUGAAAGUGUGUGUUAUGCAGGAUCUUCAGUAACCACAAAUGAAUCUGAAUAUAUCUCCAUGCCUCAAGAAUCUGAAAGAAAACGUGGGAUAAUUGAACAAGGAGUUCUCUCUGACCAAAGAUCUGUGAUUGUUGUGAAUUCAAAAACUGUUGAUAAGGAGAUGAUCAUAUCCAGAAGAAGUACAUACCAGAAGGUGUUAGCAAUGGAAAAAGAAGGAGUGCAAGUUGUGGAGCGCGAUUCAGAUCUACCUGUGGACCUGAUGCUAAGUCCUGCAGUUUGCCUACUCUGGUAUGAUUGUGAAACUGUUAGUAAGAAGUCGGCUGCAACUAUUGGUACUUCCUCAAGCUCACUUUCAUGGAUUGGAGAUAUCGCAACCAAUGUUUUGACGUCAUUGAGUUUCAGUUUCAGCACCUGCAUUAUGGUUUUUGAGGGGGAACCCGCCUUUCUGGCUACAAUAAUGGACUCCUCUGAUGAACUGUAUGUAGCAGCUGGUAGCCUGGGAAUCAGUUUACAGAUGUUUUGCUCAUCGUCAGCUGAUUUCACGGAUGAAAUUAUAUUGAGGUGUAUCAAGUCGUCUGUUAAGUUGUCCAAACUCCAUGUCAAAAUGCCCGAGUCAGAAUCUCUAGCAGAAUCAUUUCUCACCAAGUUUCCUUCCGUGAAUCCACUCACAGCUCAAGUAAUUCUGUCAUCUUCUGGGUCACUUCUCGAAUUCAUGAAGCUCCCACAUAAAAGCAAGGUUGAUAGGAUGCAAAAGUAUCAUGUACCUGAAGAGAGUGUUGAUCUAUUCAGUUCACUAUGCAGAUACGGAGCGAGGGAGGACUCCAGAUCUGUAAUGACAGACAGCUCUUCUUCGGUAUCUUCUGGACCUGACUCAGACACACACCAUGUCAGUGUCCAUUCUGGUUCGAAAAAGAAACAGUACAUUGCUGAGAAAGAUGAGAUAGAUAUGGACGACUUGGUCCAUUUUGCUCCCUCCACAGAAUUUGCUGAUGCGCAGCUCAAGUCUUCUGGUGAUUUUCAACUUGAUGAUUCUUGGUCAUCGAGAGAUAAUGAGAUAUUUCAUUUUGACCCUGUCACUGAAUUCUCUGAUGCACCUUUCAAGCCUUCUGGGAUCAGUCAUCCCAAUGACUCUUGGCCAUCUAAAGAUCCUGAGAGAUUCGACAAGAAGCCAAGACCUGGUUCAUCAUCAAAGGACACAUUUUGGGAGAAAGAUCAGCCUGGUUUUUCAGUGGAGGACAGUCUUCCUGGAAUUCCUGAAUUAGAAGAUUGGAGUUUCCCAGUUAAAGACAAGUUCAAGAGCCAGAACAGAGGAUGUAAAUUCCCAGUGAUGGGAGAUUUCAACUUGCAUGACAAUAGGAACUCAGAGAGUUUCAUCGUAGACUACAAAGGUGAAGUAAUCAACAGAGCUGAUAAAUUUCUGGAGGAAGACUUCCCGCCUUCUCCUGGUUACAAUAGGUUUUCUCCAAUAGUUUCUGAUGUUGAUGAAGAGGAACUUCCAAGAAAAUCAAAAUCUGCAAGGAAGUUAUCUUUCUUUGGAUCUCUCCAGCCUAACUUCCCAAAAGCAGCUGAGAUCGACUUGAGUUCUGAAAGAUUCACCACCGAGAAAGAUUCAAAAUAUGAUAACAAUGCUUCUUUGCGUGGUUAUGCUGAUAACUAUCCAGCAAAACGCCAAAGAACCCUUUUGGAGGAGGUCUUAACUCGGAGAUCCGCAGUUCCAACAACAGAGCUUCCAUUUAGAGAAGAGAUAUCACAUUUUGGUGGAUCUCCACUAUCAAACGCAAUCCGUUCUUCAAAUCAAGUACAGAGUUCUCCUUGGACGGUUGAUUUCCUUAACAGAGUUAGAGAAAGAAGCAGGGCAAGGAAACAACAUCAAUCUCUUCCUUCUUAUGUCACUCCCUCUAGUUUGGAGACUCCAGGGAACAUAAAGAAAGCUAGUACCAAGAGAAAGAGUCCUUCCAUACUAGAGUUUUUCAAGUAUAAAGGAGGCAAAAAAAUUCCAGAAGAGAAAAAGCAGAAGCGGUCAAAAACUUCUUCAGCCUCGCCAAAAAACGAGAGAUUUUACUCUCCUCUUAAGUCAUGGACACCAAUUGAUAAGCGAGCAAAACAGUCUCUAUCUUACGCAGGGAAUGGAACUGGAGGCCAAACAAAACUGGUAUGGAAGUAAUAAAACAAACACGGGGUAGCAACCAGUCAGUGGGAAUUCAAUGUGGACAUGAUCAGAUUUGGAGGUGGGCAUCUCAAAAUCUUAUGUAAGCGUUACUUAUUUCAGAGGAAAAUAUUGAUUUCUUGACAAGUUUAUAAAAUAAUGUUUUAUGAGAGAAACGAAUUCUAUUAACAA